AUGACCAUCAACAAUCCUCAAGACGAACUGAAUCGAAUAAACGUCAUGUCCUCUCAUUCCAUUUCACUCCAAGACUUGGCAACGGCGUCAACAAGUGACAGCUGUGGCGACUCGUCUUCCUUUCGCAGCAACAUCAGACCAAUAACUCAUGUACCGCAACAUGAACAACUGACGAUGCAUGCAUUGGAGGAUUUUUCAGAAAACAGUGAAGACUUGUUUGCAGCCGCGUCUACUCCCAACAAAAGCAACAACAAUAUAUUUGCGCACAGCAGUAAUGGAUCGUCGUCUUCUAGCUUUGGGGACGUCAACUUUGACCCCGACCAUUCCAUGAGUGGCGAUGAGAACGAGUCUUGGACUAGUCAUGUGGAUUACAAUGACGAUGAUGAAGAUGAUAAUUCAUGGAUGUUUCCCAAUACUAUCAGUGAUGAUGAUUGUGGCACUGAUUCGGAUUUGCUGCAACAAAAUUCGGCACCGGCGGGUUUCCGACUGUCCGUGCAGGCCCGACGAAAGGAAGCGAGGGGUCCCUUGGUAUGGGUAUUGCGCGACGGUAUUGAUGUCAUGGAACAGGCGGCACGACUGGUAUUGCCACGCAUUGACCCAUCCGACGAUAGUGAUUAUGAAGAGGAUGCUCACGAGGAACGAGUCGAAAUUCAAUGGCGAAACGACGGAUCUUUUGAUUGGGUAUCGAGAGAAGAGAUACGACUCGUCCAAGAAAGGAAGUCGUUUCCAAAGGACGGUGGUCACUCUCGUUCCUCAUCAUCUGAUUCAGGAGCCUCCUUCGCAUCGCUCCCACCGUCACGCACCGAAAUGAUGCAAGCGUUUCAGAGUUCUGGGCUUAGCCUUUCCGGCCGUCGCAUCAUGCAAAUUCAAAACAAUAUUAUCACGUCUGAUGCAGAAUCGAGUGACACCAGCAGUAGUGGAGGUUCUGUUGAAGAAGAAAAUCCAACCUUGGGACGAAAAUUGGGAAACAUGAUGGGCUUUCGAAGCAGCAGCACCAACAAUGGCACCAAUCCAAAACGGCCUAGCAGUGUCAAUAUCAAGAAUAUUCCGUCGUCUGCUGGAGAUACUCCUGCUCGCAAACGAUCCCUUCCAGCAUUUCCCCUCAGCUCGCCGUUGAGACGAUCCAACAGUUUAGGGAAGAGUAGGUCAAGCAGGUCCCCGCCCCCUCCACCCAUUACUCUUGACGAUGCGCUGGUCAAUGAAAUACAUGAUCAUGAUGAAAAACAAUUGUUGUCAUCCAGCUUUCAUCAUGAACAACGACGCGCCCGCAAAGGUGCCAAGAAGCAAGCUUUCAAAUCCAGAUCCGCAGAUUCCAUGCCAGCCGAAUUAAACGGGUCUCCCAUUAUUGUUCAGGCAAAAAAGCUUACCAAUAGUAUGCACAAUCCAUCAUCAGCAUCCAAGCAACAUGAAGAACUCAAAUCAUCGAGCUAUCAUCACGAACAACGAAAGGCGCGCAAAGGCUCGAAACAAAAGGCCACCAAAUCAAGAUCCGCCGAUUCCCAACCAGCCGAUUUUACGGAAUCGCCAACUAUCACCGAGGCCAAGUCACUAUGGCAGGAACUGCACGCCUCGUCUCCUGAAAUGGCAGUAUCCUCAUUAUCACCAUUAUCAUCAGGGAAGAAGAAAUCAUCCAACUUUCAUCACGAAGAGCGAAAAAAACGAAAAGGAGGAAAGAGAAAGGCCAGCAAAUCAAGAUCCGCCGAUUCCCAACCAGCUGAAAUGAUGGAAUCUCCAGUCAUUGCCGAGGCCAAGUCAUUGUCCAGCAGCAUGCACAAUCUCAUCAAGCCAGAGAGUAUGAAAGUUUCCAGCUAUCAUCACGAGCAACGCAAGGCACGAAAACAAGCAGAAGGAGCCAACAGCAACAAGACCAAACAAACCAAGAGUCGAUCCGCGGAUUCAAUGCCAGCAGAAAUGGAUGAGUCGCCCAUUUUUGCCACCAGCAAAAAGGAAUUGUCCAAUUCCAUGCAUGGGUCAUCAUCAGGAGCAGUACCUAGACGAAAGAAUUCUUUGUCCAAGGCGGGGGGUUUCCUGUCACCAAGUUCCAUCAUGAAACGAAGCCUUGGUUCGAUUACCACCAAACUAAGUCCUAAGAUAUCUCCCAAAUCCGGAAAGGGUGGCAUUCGUAAUUCCGAGGAUAUGCCGAAGUCGUCGGAUUGCAUGACUCCCGAGCAGGUGACCAAGAAAAAGUCGGCUGCCCGCAAGAGCGAAUCCGACAUGAUUGGUUCCUCCCCCAACUCAAGACGAAACACCUCAUUACGUCGGUCGGAAGGCGACGUUGUCGUCUUAUCACCCGAUGUUGCGGCCAAUAAUCCAAAAAGGGUAUCUUCCAUCAAUCGAAACGAUGAUGCUGCCCCCAAGCGAAACUCCUCCCUCAAACGAAAUGAUGUGAUUCCCGAUCCCGACUUUUCAAGUCCCAAACGAAAUUCUUCCCUCAAACGGUCCGGUACAAGUCCCAAGCGAAACUCCUCCCUUCGCAACAAAUCACCAAAGCUUUCCAAUAAUAACAAGGAAGAUAAUUCAGGGAUAGCCUAUCUCCAGCAAAAGAGGGGACAGCAGCAAACUCCCUCCAGAAGGUCCGGUGCGAGUGCUUUGUCCAGUCCGAGAGGGAGCAAUGACGAACCCCGUAGGGUUGCCAAUGUGGAUUCGGCAAUUUCCAUGAUGAUGGUCAAGGGCAGCCGAUCCGCUCGACAGCUAGACGGUAUCGCCGAUGAUCCAGCAGGACGAAAACGAGUUUCCAAUGUGGAUUCGGCCAUUCUAUUGAUGAAGAAACAAACUAGUCAGCGAAAAUUGGAUGCGACUGGUGAGAGUAAAGGUCGACAGAGUCCCAGGCAAUCUGCUGCCAGUCGAUUAUUGGCUACCAGGAACGCUGUUGACUUGCCUUCACCACCGAUGAAGAUGGGCAGUGCCCGAAGAUUUCAUCAAAGUUCAGGUAGCAUAUUGGAUAAGGAAGAUCAAGACCUGAAUGACAGUUUUGUGGCACGGGCUGACAAACUUCAGAUAUCUCCCAACCAAGCCAAGCGAGUCAAUGCGAAAUCCAAAUUUGAAGCCUUGAAUGACAAAAUGAGCAUGAUGAUUGGGGUCGAAGCGAGCCCAGGCACAAAACUUCAAAAGAAAGAUACUCGUAGCACACUCCGAGAAAAGCGAGCCGCAAAAAGACAGUCACGCACGAAGCUGACCAAUGCCUUUCAACGAAUCAUCCAACCGGACGGCACCGAGAAAACGACCGACAAAGAUUCCAACGGUAUUGAAGUACCAGUGAAUAAUUGA